UGUUUGCGGUAUUUCGUUUGCUUGAUGUUUUCUUGCUCAUUCGCUCCUACCCAAUGUGUGAAAUGGAUAAAUUGCUCUCGCUCGUAUUCGAGAGUACCAUUUUGUAAUUCCAAUUUUAUUUGCUAAAAGACUUACUUAGAUUUCUAUGACUUAAAAAACUUAUUUUAUUUAGUUAUUUUUAUAUUUUAAUUAUUAUGAAUAAUGGAAUGUACCCAUUUAUUAGAUAACGUUAAGUUGGAUAGCAAUCUUUUCGGUGAGGAGACUGCGAUCACAAAGGACUUUAAUUGUGCAGAAUGCAUGAUCAAAGAGCAAAACUGGCUGUGUUUGCAAUGUGGUAUGGUCAACUGUGGCCGCUAUGCCAAUGGACAUGCGAAACAACAUGCAGAAUCACUUGACCACCAACUCUGCAUGAGUUGCGAUGUGUAUUCAGUUUACUGUUACAAAUGUGACGAUUAUGUUUCAAACGAUUUAGAUCAUCAAAAAAUAGACAAAAUAAGGCAAAGUAUUAUGCAAGUUAGGAAUAAUGAAAAUGCUGAACCAAAUAGAAACAUAGAUGAAAUUGAAGAUGUCAGAGACAGUCAAAGUCACAACAGUCCCGCAUCAAACGAAUUGGAUUCAAGCGAUAAGGUUGUACUAUCGCUGAAUAUCACAGAAGAUAAUAGCGUUGAAGUGACUCCUACUAGUUCUUGUGAUGCUGAAAGUACAGAACCGAGUGUCUCUGAUGUGUCAGAAAACAAACUAACGAAAAGUACUAAGAAUUUAGAAGAACCAGUGCGAAGCUUACGACCACGUUCACGGAAACGAUCUCAUUCUGAAGACAGCAGUUCAACAGAGAAUUUAGGACAACCUUCUAGAAGCAAAGAGAAGAAAAAUUUACAUUGCAAUGGAAAGAGUCAGAGAGAAAAGAAGAUUGUAGGCUUAAAGAAUUUAGGAAAUACAUGUUUUAUGAAUGCGGUACUACAAAGUCUGAAUAAUAUACAGGAAUUUAGUUGCUACUUCAGUCAGCUUCCAUCACUGGAGACGAAGACGAAUGGACGAAAAGUGUACCACUCGAGAAGUUAUACUCGACAAGAAAUGCACGAUGUCGUUAUGGCGGAAGAACUCAGAAAGGUGCUUAUAAAUCUGAACACGGGUGGAUGUGGGUCGAAAGGCGCUAUAUCCCCGGAAUGCCUCUUCCUCGUGAUCUGGAAGGUAGUGCCGAGGUUUCGCGGUUAUCAACAACAAGAUGCGCACGAGUUUCUGCGAUACAUGCUAGAUAGACUGCACACGGAGCUGCAGCAGCUGCUGCCGCCGGAGCGCGCGGACGCCGGCCUCGUGCGCGCGCCGGCGUCCAUCGUCACCGCGGUCUUCGGCGGCACGCUGCAGAGCGAGGUCCGAUGCUUAGCCUGCGGUACGGAAAGUAAGAAGUUUGAUCCAUUCCUAGAUCUCUCGCUGGAACUUCCCGAAACUGGCAGACAUGAGUCACCUGUAGCUCUAACUGAUUGUCUAGCAAGCUUCGUACAGGUUGAAGAGUUGGCUGAUACAGAGCGAUACUUCUGCAGUAGCUGUAAGUGUAAACAGAAGUCCACCAAGCAGUUUUGGAUACGAAGAUUACCUAAUGUCCUAUGUUUACAUCUCAAGAGAUUCCGAUGGCAUAAUUAUUUUAGGACCAAGGUGGACACCAACAUAUCGUUUCCGCUGAGCGCGCUGGACAUGUCCCGGUUCGUGCUCGACAACGUGCCCGACACGCGCCGCUCCGGCCGCGGCAGCUUCCUCUACGACCUGGCCGCCGUCAUCGUGCACCACGGCUCGGGAGCCGGCUCGGGUCACUACACCGCGUUCGCUAUCAACGAAGACCAGUGGUUCCACUUCAACGACCAAACGGUUCGAGCGACGGACGCCAGCGCUGUGGCCUCUUGCAAGCCAUACAUUCUUUUCUACAUACGACAAGAAAUCGCGCUCUCCACGUGACCGGAUCGACCGGACUAUACUAUCGGAAUUAGCUCACAAUUUUCAUCGGUUGCUAUGACACUAUCUGCUUAACGUCGGUUUCUAUAUUCAAAAAACGAAUUAAUUUGAAAUUUAAUGGUUCUUAAACAAAUUGUUUUUUUUUAUCAACGUGACUAGGCCGAGCGGAUGCUACUAUCGGAAUUGGCUCGCUAACCUCACCGGCUAUUACGACACUAACUGCUUAAGCUCGGUGUCCUAUAUUACAAAAACGAUGAAACGAAUGUGUUCGAAAUUAAACGGUUCGUAAACGAACCAUUUUUUUUAAUGCA